UUUUAGUGUCAUCGAAUUAGACAAAAAAGAAAAGAAAAAGAACACAAAGCUGAAAGAUGGCAGAACGUUACUACCCUAAUGAAAUGCCUGACCUUUCAAUUCAAGAAUUGGCUCCUGAACAUGCAAAAGACUCUCUCUCUAAGCUUCUUUCUCUUCCUUAUGACACUAUUUCUCAAAGGCUCAAGCAAGAUGCUAUCAACCUCAAAGAUGAAGUUGUGAGGGAGACAUGGGCAGCUAAAGGAAGACGUGUACACGACUACAGGCUCUACACUGGAACUUUAGGGACUGCUUAUUUGCUAUUUAGAUCAUACGAAGUUACUGGAAACAAGGAUGAUCUUACACUUUGCUCUGAAAUUAUUCAGGCUUGUGAUGCUGCUUGUGGUGGUUCAGGACCACCUACAUUUAUAGGCGGCCACGCAGGUAUUUAUGCUCUUGGUGCUGUUGCUGCAAAGAACAGUGGUGAUGAUCAGUUAUUUGAACACUAUCUGACAAAAUUCAAAGAGAUUAAACUUCCAAUAGAUCUUCCAGACGACUUGUUCUAUGGCAGAGCAGGGUACUUAUGGUCAUGUUCUUUCUUAAAUAAACAUCUUGGCAAAGGCACAAUAUCCAUCUCCCAAAUGAGAGCAAUUGUGAAUGAACUCGUCAAGUCAGGUAGAAAACUGUCUAAAUUAGACAACCUCAAAUCCCCUUUAAUGUACGAGUCGAGGGGGAAAAGGUACUGGGGAGCAGCUCAUGGAUUAGCUGGUGUUAUGAAUGUUUUACUGGACAUGGAACUGAAAGAAGAUGAGAUUGAAGAUGUCAAGGCAACAUUAAGGUACAUGAUCAAGAAUCGAUUUUCAAGUGGAAAUUAUCGUACUAGUGAAGGAGAUGAACGGGAUGAACUUGUCCAUUGGUGUCAUGGUGCUCCUGGUGUUGCUCUUACCCUUGCCAAAGCAGCUAAGGUUUUUGGUGAUGAGGAGUUUCUGGAAGCAGCCAGAGAAGCAGGGGAGGUUGUGUGGAAGCGGGGUUUGCUUAAACGAAUUGGGAUAUGUCAUGGAAUAAGUGGAAAUGCCUAUGUUUUUCUUUCACUUUAUCGAUUAACGGGCAAAGAGGAGUACUUGUACAAGGCAAAAGCAUUUGCUUGUUUUCUACAUGACAGAGCUCAUACUUUCAUCUCUGAGGGUAUUAUGCACAAGGGUGAUCAUCCUUUCUCCUUGUUUGAAGGCAUUGGAGGAAUGGCUUACCUAUUUUUGGAUCUUGUUGAACCAUCUGAGUCUAGGUUCCCUGCUUAUGAAAUCUAAGACUUUGAGAACAAACAAGGAACGUAGUCCUGUACCUAAGUAUGCUUUGAUGUUUUAUGUGUGUUUUUCUGCUAGUGUGUUGAAAUAAAGUAAAGGGAACUGAUGUAAUUGUGAUCGUUUAUGUAAAAGAUAACAUUGUCUUGCUUUC